GGCUGGUUUCCUUCCGCCCUUCAGUGCGUCUUUCCCUGCUAUGGCGUCCUCCCUGGUGAGGUUACUCGGGCAGGGGCCUCGUUGCCUCGUGGCUCCGGCCGCCCCCACGUUCCUUCCGCUGGUCCGGGGAGUGAAGGACUUCCGCAUCGCCUUCCGCUUCCAGAAGGAGUUGGAGCGGCGGCGCCUCCUGCGCAGCCCGCCGCCGCCGGUGCGCCGUUCAGAGAAACCCAACUGGGAUUACCAUGCUGAAAUCCAAGCUUUUGGACACCGCUUACAGGAAACCUUUUCCAUAGAUCUCCUCAAAACUGCAUUUGUGAACAGCUGCUAUAUCGAAAGUGAAGAGGCAAGACGGCAGAAACUUGGGCUUGAGAGAGAAGCUGUUCUCCUGAAUCUUAAAGAUAACCAAGAACUAUGUGAACAAGGCCUAUCAUUUUCACAAACCUGCCUCACACAAUUUCUUGAAAACGAAUUCCCAGACUUGCCUGCUGAAGGCAUCAAGAGUCUAGUUGACUUUCUUACUGGGGAGGAAGUUGUGUGUCAUGUGGCAAGGAACCUGGCUGUGGAGCAGUUAACCCUGAGUGCAGAUUUUCCAGUCCCUCCACUCGUAUUGCAACGGACUUUCUUUGCAGUAAUUGGAGCCCUGCUCCAGAGCAGUGGACCUGAGAGGACUGCACUUUUCCUCAGGGACUUCCUAAUUACUCAGAUGACUGGAAAGGAGCUCUUCGAAAUGUGGAGGAUAAUAAAUCCCAUGGGACUGCUGGUGGAAGAGCUGAAGAAGAGAAAAAUGUCUGCUCCAGAGUCUAGACUCACCCGGCAGUCAGGAAGCACCACAGCUUUGCCGUUGUAUUUUGUUGGCUUGUUCUGUGACAAGAAGUUGCUUGCAGAAGGGCCUGGGGAGACAGUGCUGAUUGCAGAAGAAGAAGCUGCUCGUGUGGCACUUAGAAAACUCUAUGGGUUCACGGAGAAUAGAAGGCCCUGGGACUACUCCAUGCCCAAAGAGAACUGGAGAGCAGGGCAGAGCCACAGCCAGCCGGGCAGCUGGGUGUGGCGCCCUGGGACUACUCCAUGCCCAAAGAGAACUGGAGAGCAGAGCGGAGCCACAGCCAGCCAGGCAGCUGGGUGUGGCGCCCUGGGCCACUAUGAAGAUGAAGGACCUGUAAAAACCCUUUCCUGCCACACUGGUUGAUCCUUCCUUUUUCUUUCUAAACAUGAAACAGCUUGGAGAUCCAGGAAGAAGAACUUCUGGGAGAAGGUUAGGACUUUUCCUCCGCUGAGGCCACGCACUGGGAGGGAAGAAGAGAAGGCUCACAUUGGAUGAGCUUUUACAUAGGACUUUCAGAACCCAGAGGUGCACAGUCUCAUGCUCUAGAAAUAGCACAUUUGUGUCUUUGGCCUGAAAAGCAAGGCAGAGGCCACCUAGCAGAGUUCACUGCUUUGGGGUGGGCCAGGCACCCCCACAGUGACUGAGCAAGGACCAAGCUGGGGGACAAAGCCUUGAUCUCAUUCAGUUGCUCACCCAGCCAAAAAUCACUAUUAAAUUCAAGAGUGGAGAUGUAAGGCCAUCCAUGAACAUUUCCAGCUGGGAAAGCCUAAUGGAAGCAGCAGGAAGUGGGCCUGAAGCAACAAGUGAUUACAAAAACCAAGGAGCUUAUUGACCACACAACUUCCACACAAGAUGUGGGGAAAGCUGAUUCCUACCCCUGAUUAAUGGCUUAUGUUCACCUCAAGUCUCCACAGCUCUGGCUUCUUGAAGAUAAGCAAGAGCCUGCCUGCCUGCCUGGGACAAAAUAGUUUAUUUUGGGGACUAUAAAGAACACAUCAUAUGCAAGCUAAGAUAGGGGAAUAAUGUACUUUAUAGAUUUAUGCUAGUGUAAGGAACUUCCAGACAGUUGGGUUUAGCGAGUUCAGUGAUCCUGCCCAUCGUCCAGACAUAGCCCAACCUGCUGGCAAACCAGAGCUACACUUGAGACCUGCUAGAUUGGGACUUGAGACCUGUGUGACAGGAUGUAUAGCUGUCACUGGAAAAGAUGGGGCUGCUUUUGGAUGGGGAAAAUUUGAGAAGUAUAGUUGGUUGAAUUAGGUUUAAUAAAACUUAAUUACCAUU